GUGACUGGACUUCCAGUGGGCUUCCCGGGAUCCGCGGCGCUGCGGCUGGAUUCUCUGGAUCUCGGAGGGCGGAAGUGCAGCAGGCUCGGCUCCGACCUCCUUCUGCGGCUGCGCGGGUCCUGGGGACUCCUAGCUCGUGCGCCUUUGCGGGACAGUGUCAAUUACCCUGCGCCUCCGCCCAGCUAGAUCCCGGGACCUGAGCGACUUCACCGGUGCGGGCAGCCGGAGGAGCCGGCGCUUCUGUUUGGCUUUGGUUGAAAAAAAGAACUUAGCCUAUAUGUACUGCUUUAACCACUGGAAGAAUGACAGAUGACAAAGAUGUGCUUCGAGAUGUGUGGUUUGGACGAAUUCCAACUUGCUUCACCCUGUAUCAGGAUGAGAUAACUGAACGGGAGGCAGAACCAUAUUAUUUGCUUUUGCCAAGAGUAAGUUAUUUGACGUUGGUAACUGACAAAGUGAAAAAACACUUUCAGAAGGUUAUGAGACAAGAAGACAUUAGUGAGAUAUGGUUUGAAUAUGAAGGCACACCACUGAAAUGGCAUUAUCCAAUUGGUUUGCUAUUUGAUCUUCUUGCAUCAAGUUCAGCUCUUCCUUGGAACAUCACAGUACAUUUUAAGAGUUUUCCAGAAAAGGACCUUCUACACUGUCCCUCUAAGGAUGCAGUUGAAGCUCAUUUUAUGUCUUGUGUUAAGGAAGCUGAUGCUUUAAAGCACAAAAGUCAAGUAAUCAAUGAAAUGCAGAAAAAAGAUCACAAGCAACUCUGGAUGGGAUUACAAAAUGAUAGAUUUGACCAGUUUUGGGCCAUCAAUCGGAAACUCAUGGAAUAUAAUGCAGAAGAAAAUGGAUUUCGUUACAUCCCUUUUAGAAUAUAUCAGACAACAACUGAACGGCCUUUCAUCCAGAAGCUUUUUCGUCCUAUGACUGCAGAUGGACAUUUGCACACUCUAGGAGAUCUCCUGAAAGAAGUUUGUCCUUCUGCAGUUGCUCCUGAAGAUGGGGAGAAGAAGAAUCAAGUGAUGAUUCAUGGAAUUGAGCCAAUGUUGGAAACGCCUCUGCAGUGGCUGAGCGAACAUCUGAGCUACCCCGAUAAUUUUCUUCAUAUUAGUAUCGUCCCGCAACCAACAGAUUGAAGGGUCCACUAUUUGCCUGAACGGAAUCACCCUUCGACAGGAUUUACCAGAGCAUGUCACCCUUCUGCUUCAGUCAGGUUUGGUGGAAGCAACCUGACCAGAAACACUGCUGCAAGCCAAACAGGAAAAAGAUCCCAUGUCAGAUAAGGGCACUUGGCUGGUCGUAGCCUGCAUCACCACUGCUUUCCUCCACUGCCGUCAUUAAACCUCAGCUGCGACAUGAAAGACUUCACAGGACCACUGCAAGUCUUCUGUUUUCUUGUAAAAUAUAAUGAAGCCGAAACCUUCGGCCUAAGAAGAAAAUGGAAAUAUGUGCCACUCAAUUUGUAUUUCUGAUUAACAAAUAAACAGGGGUAUUUCCUAAGGUGACCAUGGUUGAACUUUAGCUCGAGGGAGUGGAAACAUUGGUUUAAUUUUCAAGAGAAUUAGACUUAAGAAAGUAAAAGAGAAAUUCUGUUAUCAAUAACUUGCAGUAAUUUUUUGUAAAAGAUCAAAUUACAGUAAACCCAUCUUUCCUUAAAGAAAAUUUCCUAUGUUUACAGUCUGUCUAUUGGUAUGCAAACAAUCUUGUAACUUUGAUAAUGAACAGUAAGAGAUUUUUAAAUAAAGCCUCUAAAUAUGUUUUGUCAUUUAAUAACAUACAAUUUUGUCACUUUUCCAGUACUUUCUGACUCACAGUAGAUCACUGUUUUUACUCUAUGUGUUACCAUUCACACUGGUUGUCACUGGCAUGGAAUGGAUGGAGGGCGUAGAAUAACUUGUCUCAGGAGCUUUCACAGAGUCUUUUUGCUGCCAACUUUUAAAUCUGUGUUCUUUACAUGCUAAAGGCAUUAAUAAUGCUACCAUUUAUCUUUGCUGUUUUAUCACUGUAAACCUGUCAAAUCAUAGUAUGCUAAGUAUCUGUAUAAGAUAAUUUUGUAUUUUUGGAAAAACCCUUUCCUUUCCAAGCUAGUGUUUUUCAUUGGCUCCAGUUCCAAUAUUUCACUGUGGUGGUCCCUGGCAGUCAGUCUUUGAAGUCUAAAGAUUACCGAUCUCUUGACUGCAGUAGCUUUUCCUUAACUUUACCAAAAAUAUUCUGAGAUGACUGGAGUUCUCAUUCACUAUAAGGAAACUUCUGCUGCACUUUAUUACCACGCUGCUGGGACUCUGCCAGCUGCACGUAUUUGUGCAUCAUCCUUGGUUUCUUGUGCGCCGGCUUGCUGUCCAUGUGGAACGUCAGCCCACUUGAGUAUGCUGACAGACAUAAUAUCCUACAACAAUGGUUUUAGAUUCCAAAAUAAAAAUGAAUGUGUUUCUUACAAAAAUCAUAUGAAUGUUGAAGUGAAAUCCUGGUAUUGCUCACUUCUUCCUUUUUCCUUUUGUGAUUUUCACUGAUUAAUAUCAGAUUGAUUGGCAGGACAAGAUUAAAGUUAAUGAAAGAUCAAAUGGUCGGGGAUGGAAAAUAGAAGAAUCAAGAAGAAAGACAUAGGGUGCCAGAGCGAUCAGAGAAAAACAGAAGCAAGUAGCAAAUAAUUGGCUAAUGUCAAUGAAAUGAAAAGUGCCAUUUUAGUAAAGGCAGGGAAAAAAGCAUAUCUGGGUUACUAAAGUUUAAAAAACCCACUGACUUGUAUUUUUCAAGAGAUUGAUCUGAAUAUGAUUGCUCACAUUAAAAGUGUUUAUUCGUCUAUUCAGUUUGGGGGUUUUCCCCCUUGAUGUUUUGACAGACCGAAGUGAGCUUCAGUGAGUGAAAGGAUCAAAAUGCCAGGGAGUGUAGCUGUGAAUAAGAAAGUGUGAUAAGAACGGUAAGCCAUAAUAGUUUUCCACAGACAAGACCAGUGUGAGGUCUUGGGCUUCACCAAGCAGCCGAGCUUUACUUCCAGGUUUGAAAGUAAAUUUUGUCAAGCCAUUGCCCAUUUUUACAUAUUUGUUCAUCAUUACACCAGCAUCCUAAUUGUGUUACUCUAGUCCCAAGUAAGUCUUCCUCUGAUACCCAGAGGAAGAAUAAAAACAAAAAUUAGUGCUAGCUUAAAUAUCUAUUUUUGUUUCUUUUUGUUGAAUAUUUAAAUUUUAUGGUUUAUUAAAAAAUUAAAUAAA